AUGGCGACCGCUGUUGAGCUAGCCAUAGAGAAGAUAGAUGAAUACAAGUCAAAAAUUGGAAGGUAGGUUAUUUUAUCUUAAUUUUAAUAACUAUUUUCAAUUUAAGAACUCUUGGGACGCCGAUGCGCCUCCGAGAUUUGAUAAGACAAGUUCGAGCAGCCCGAACGAUGGCCGAAGAAAGAGCAGUGGUUGAUAGAGAAAGCGCGAACAUCAGAGAAAGCUUUCGAGACGACGACUCUCCGUGGAAAUGCAGGAAUAUAGCUAAACUGCUUUAUAUCCAUAUGCUAGGAUAUCCAGCUCAUUUCGGCCAGGUAUCUUUUAGGAGUAUAACGAUAUUUCGAAGUGCUUUUUUUCUUAGAUGGAGUGCAUGAAACUUGUCGCGCACCCAAGAUUCACAGACAAACGGAUUGGUUAUCUUGGGGCAAUGCUUUUACUGGAUGAGCGGUCAGAAGUUCAUUUACUGGUAACUAAUUCGUUAAAAAAGUGAGUUAACCUUGCUAUGUUUCAUUAACAAUUGCGAUGUUUAGUGACUUGACGUGUUCUACACAGUUUGUUAGCGGAUUGGCUCUGUGCACUUUGGGUUCCAUUUGUUCUGCAGAAAUGUGCCGAGAUUUAGCGAAUGAAGUUGAAAAAAUCAUAAAACAAAAUAAUGCCUAUUUGAAGAAAAAGGUGUUGUAAUUUUUUCUAAAAUAUUUCUCAAAAACACGUUCAGGCUGCUCUUUGUGCGUUUCGUAUUGUUCGAAAAGUACCGGAGCUUAUGGAGGUAUUCAUUCCCUGUACACGAUCUUUGCUGUCAGAAAAGCAUCACGGGGUUCUGAUGGGAGCUACAACGCUGGUGACGGAAAUGUGUGAGAAAAGUCCUGAUGUCUUGAACCACUUCAAAAAGCUUGUUCCCAACUUGGUUCGUAUUCUGAAAAAUCUUUUGAUGAGUGGUUAUUCGCCGGAGCACGACGUCACAGGAAUAUCAGACCCAUUUCUUCAAGUUAAGAUUCUGAGACUUUUGCGUGUCUUGGGAAAGGAUGACGUCCGAGUAACAGAGGAGAUGAAUGACAUCUUAGCUCAGGUAAAAAAUUUUUCAGAUACUGUACCUUCUAAAAGUGACGUAGAUUUUCAGGUGGCGACGAAUACGGAAACUGCAAAAAAUGUCGGGAAUGCGAUCUUGUAUGAAACUGUUCUGACUAUAAUGGAGAUUAAGAGCGAAAGCGGUCUCCGCAUUCUCGCCGUUAAUAUUUUAGGAAGAUUUCUUUUGAACACCGAUAAGAACAUCCGCUAUGUUGCUUUGAACACCCUACUCAAAACUGUUCAUGUGGACUAUCAGGUUGGAAUUUCUUCUAAUUCCUUUAUGUCAACGAAAUUGUCAACGAAAAUUUAUGUCAACGAAAUUAGCAUGAUCCUCCCGCCUCAGAUACAAUCAAAACAAUAUGCGGACGAUCUCAAGAUCUACACACACUUCCCCAAGUUAUCCCCUUCCAAAGAUCUCCAGAUCGCAAUUGACCGUAUUUCUGAAUGGUCCAAGAAUCACAAGCUGUCUCUUAAUCUCUCUAAAUCAGUUUGUAUAUCACUAGGUCGAAAUCCCACAAUAACCAAAUAUUAUAUCGACACAGCUGAGAUAAAAAGAGAAUCAAUAUGACCUAGGAUUUCCGAUUUCGUCAAAUAUAGAUUUUGCUGACCACUGGAAGAAGACCAUUCAAAAAGCAAACAAAAUGACAGCGAACCUUUUCAAGUUUUUUUACUCUCCAAACACACGCCUGAUGACCCUUUUAUUCAGAACAUUCGUACGGCCCGUACUUGAAUACGGCACUAUUGUCACAUGUCCUUCUAAAAAAGCUACGAUAAGAGCAACAGAACAGGUUCAGAGUAACUUCUCGCGUAAACUUUGGUUGCGGAAAAUAGGAGCUUUCGUACCUCGAGAUUCGCCAAACUACAUAAACACCAGCGAACGUCGCCGUCAAUUUAACCUCGAAUCACUAGAAACUCGCCGAUCACAUUUAGAUAAGAAGUUUUUAAUCAAAUUGUUAGCUAACAAAGUCGACAUCAAUCCUGAUGACUUUUUCCUACGCUUAAGCACUACACGGACUAGACGGAGUCACGUUUACCGAUGGAAGACUCCAAAAUCGAAGCUAAGACACAACUUUUUUACACACAGUCUUAUCAAAGAUGAAUCUGACACAGGCAUCUGUUAAAUGAUCAUCUCUUUCCUUUUGCGCGGGCAAGUAGCUGAAGAUCCUCCAUUUAUUCCCCCCAUCUCCCCCACAUCCCCUCUCCCUUCUUUUUUCUCUCCACUCUCUCUCUUCUCCACGUUAAAAAUAAACGUAAAUAAAUUUAAAAAAAAAUCAUCUCACUUUUUCUAGGCUGUGCAACGCCAUAGGAAUGUUGUGGUUGAGUGUCUCAAAGAUCCGGAUAUUUCCAUCAGAAAGCGAGCUAUGGAGUUAUGUUUUGCGUUAAUGAACAAAACCAAUAUUGCUAUCAUGACAAAGGAAAUUUUAAUAUUUCUGGAAACUGCUGAUGCUGAGUUCAAAUCAGAAUGCGCCUCUAGGAUGUAUAUUGCAACGGAAAGAUUUUCUCCAAAUCACGAGUGGCAUCUUGACACUAUGAUCACUGUUCUACGAUUGGUACGUACUGAAUUAACAUAAUUCGAUUAACGAUUCAAUAUUCAGGCUGGUAAAUAUGUUCCUGAUGAAGUUGUGUCAUGUAUGAUUCAACUAAUUUCUGCAAACGAACAACUGCAAAGCUAUGCUGUGUCACAACUGUACCAUGCUGCUCAGAAAGAUGCCAUAAACGCUCAGCCUCUCCUACAAGUAGCUUUUUGGACAAUGGGAGAAUUCGGAGAUUUGUUGUUGCAACCGACUGACGUUGACAGUACUCCAAUUUCUGAAUUUGAUGUAAUUUGCGUCUUUGAAAGCAUUUUGCCGUCAGCCCUGACUUCGCUGAUGACCAAAUGUUAUUCCGUCACUGCUCUUGCAAAACUCUCAACAAGAUUUCAUUCAACCGGGGAUCGAAUUGAGGCACUCGUUAGAAUGAAUCAAGCACAUAUUCAAUUAGAGCUACAACAAAGAUCAGUAGAGUUCAAUAUCAUACUGAAACUGGGUGAUCUGAAGUAAGCUACUUUGAAUUUCAAAGUUAUUCCAAUUUCUUCAGAGAUGGACUACUUGAGAGAAUGCCUGUAAUAACUCAUAAUUCACUGAAUGCUGCCGCGCCGUCUAUGGCUGAUAAUGAUUGUGAGUAAUGCUUGAAAGAUAGUCUUCGAAGUAAUUCAUAUUGAUUUACAGCUACACCUGAAAUGCAUGCGACAAAUACCGAUCUACUCGGCGAUCUGAGCAUUGAAUCAGACCAACUUGGUGGUUUUUUUGGUGAAACUGGCGCGGGGGGUCCAAACAGCAAUGUACUUGAUAUUUUCGGAGACAGCAACAUUUCAAAUGCUCGGGCGUUCUUCAAUCAGGAAGGUGUACAUGGUGCUUCGACGUUCGUUUGUAUUCUAUCUUGUAUUCUACGAAACUAUAAUAUUCAGGGAUCUAUACCAGCCUGCUAUCGCGAUCAAUUCGAACGGAAUUGAAAUCCAAAUUCAGGUGUUGGAAACAUGGAACUAUGAAAAAGCUCGUCUGAAAAUGAGCGCAUACAAUUAUACCCCACGAACGUUGUCGAACUUUAAUUUUCUGGCUGCUGUUCCAAAAGCUUUUGAUAUCGCUCUGGAACCAGCAUCUUCUCCUAACAUUCAGCCGAAUGAACACACGAUUCAGUAUAUCACGAUCACAAGAAAGUCUCCGAAUGCAAUGGUAAUGGUGCCAUACUCUAUUUUUUUCUAAUGUUUGUUUCAGGCUCGCAUGCGCACAAAAGUAUCUUAUAUAGUUGACGGAUCUGAAAUUGUUGCCGACGGAGUAGUCAAUGAUUUUCCGGGGCUUUAA